UCCGUUUCCUCUCCGAGCACCCCAUUGCCAAUGCCGUCAAUACCCUCAAUACCCACCUCGUCGUCAUUGUGUAGAGUCGCCGCCGCUCUUCGACGUUUUCCCACCGCCUCAUCAUCAGCAUCAUCAUCUUCCUCUGCGUCGAGUCCAAUCUCUUUUGCUCCUCAUCGGUUGUUUGCUACGACCGCUAGGUCCUGCGAUCCGGAGAUCGUAUAUCCAUAUCGGCCCAUACGACGGCUACACGCGUUGAUAAAUUCGAGACCUUAUAUCUGGAGAUCACUGCCAAUUGAUCGUGAUACAAAGGACGCAAUUAUGGCUUCUGAUUUGAAGAAGAUUGCUACCAAGGAGGCUUUUCCUACUGUCGGCCCUUAUAGCCAAGCUAUUGCCGUCGGUCCCCAGCUUUACGUCUCAGGCCAAAUCCCUGGUGACAAGGACGGAAACCUCGUCGAGGGCAGUAUUGCGGACAAAACCAAGGCAUGCUGCGCCAACAUCGCUGCCAUCUUGAAGGAGGCCGGCACUGAUGUGUCAAGGGUCGUCAAGGUCGUCGUUUUCCUCGGUGACAUGGCCAACUUUGCCGAGAUGAACGGAGAGUACGAAAAGUUCUUCGCACACAAGCCCGCGCGCAGCUGCGUCGCUGUCAAGCAGUUGCCCAAGGGCGUGCCCGUCGAAAUUGAGUGCAUCGCUUAUCUCGGUAUGCUUCCCGCCAAAUUGUGA